AUGUCGUCUUCGUCCUCGUCCUCGUUGGCGACCGGCAAGGCGGGCCUCAUCAAGGCCGCCGAUGACGCCGGCAGCAUGGACAAGCUUGCACAUGCUGUCCUGGACGACUUAUUAUACAACAUCGUGCAUGACCUGCUGAUCAAGGUACACCGGGAGGAGAAGAUCGCCCGCGCCUCGACGGCUGCCAUCCGCGUCGAAAAGCUGGCUGCCGACGCCUCGGAUGCCUCCCUGACCGAUGCGAGACCCGACGUCAAGGUCGAGACGGACGCUGCGACCUAUGACGAUGGCAAGGUUCUGCUCAAGGGAAACCCUCUAGUCACCACAAAAGACAUUCUCUGCCCGAGAUGUCACCUCCCGCGACUACUCUACCCGACCGAUGGCAAAGGGGCCAGGAAGCCCGACCCGAGCAUUAUAUACUGCAAGAAGUAUCCCUACAUCGAUAAGCCCGGCUACGAUAUCUACGGCCAGACAUGGGUGCCCCAGGGCCCGGGCAGAGGCAAGAAGAAGAAGGACAUGGAGAAGAAGACGGACACGCCACAGGACACGCCCGGAGGUACCCCCGGCCCCGACGACGCUGGAGGCAAAGGCGGUGCGGCGUCGCGGCCGCCGAACGUGCUAUCAUUCCCCUCGGCAACCUGCAGCAAAUGCAAGCGGUGCAUUCUUGUUACGCGGCUGAAUAAUCACAUGGGCUCCUGCAUUGGCAACAGCGGACGCAAUGCCAGCCGCGCCGCUGCGCAGAAGAUCAGUAAUGGUGCCAACGGCCAUAGCGGAAGCCAGGGCGACAAUACGCCGCCGAACAGUCAGAAGGGAACUCCGUUGUCGGGAUCGCGAGCAAGCAGCCCCAAGAAGCGGGACAGCGAAGAGGCAAAUUCCGACGACGAUACCGAGAAUGAUACGGCCCAUAAGAAGAAGAAACUGAAGCCAUCGGCUGUCAACCCGCCCAAGAAGGUCAUUCUCAAGACCAAGAACAGCAGUUCUGGUCUCAAGAAGGAGAAGGUCAAAGGCAACUCCCUACUGAGCGUCGAGCAGAAGAUAGACGACGAUGACGCCGAGGGCUCGACUGUCGAGGUAGCGCCCAAGAAGAACACGGCAAAGCAGCCCAGCCCAGCCAAGAAGCUCAAACUCGGUGUUUCCAAACCAUCACUAUCGUCGCCGGCGACCAAGAAUGGCAAGACAAAUAGCGCGAAUGGUGGAGGCGGCGGCGGUGACGAUGCGGCUAGCGAGAGCUCAGGCACACUGUCUUCUCCACCUGGCGCUUGA